ACGGUGGCCGCAGUAUGCGUCUGGACUCUCAACGUUGCGGGCAUCUAUGCUUCCCGCGUCUGUGGCAGUGCUUCCUGCGUCUGGACUGCUGAGGUAUAUUCUACUUGCGUCUUCAAGCUUCAACCACGCUGUCUUAUCCCCGCCUCUCACGAAGUCAAGUUUUCGGAACGAAGUGGUUCGUCUCGAUUCCGCAAGGGCCUCUUCAAGGAAGUCAUGCGCCGAUGUUCAUACUGGUCAUGGUAUGUCCGCGUUCAUAGCCCACUGGUCUCUUACGAUGAAGCACCGAACGCACCGCAGUGUCAAGAAUGAUUGACGCAUUGCAAUGCAUCCGACCUCAAUGAUCAGGCAUUUCGAACGGGCUGGCGCCAACUCCCUCACAAUUGAACGUGAUGUUUUCAUUUCCAUAUUCAAGUGCGAUGAGGAAUUAUCAAAGUUUGUACACCCAUCCGCACUAGGCGGGGAAGCAAGGCGCAACAGCGGAAAUGGCUUGGUCGACGGAACAAGUUCGUGUCGCCCACUUGAACAGACACGCCGGCGCC